AUGUCCAAAGAAAACAUUGAAAAGCUCCAAUAUCCGGGGCACUGGGACAAGAGGUGCAGCGGGGAUGGCGCAGAAGCAGACAAGUACGAUUGGCCCCGAUCCUUUAGCACGAUCCGUCCCUUUCUGGACAAGCACCUUCCGCCUGCGCGUAGCAACCCUCGAAUACUGCAGCUAGGCUGCGGCAAUAGCGCCCUUCCCAAAGACCUCCACAACCAUGGCUACACGAAUCAAGUCAGCAUCGACUUCUCCUCAACCGUCGUCUCCACCAUGAGAACAAAGCACCCCGACAUGGACUGGCAAGUCAUGGACGUCAAAGAGCUACGCUUCUCAGCCAACCACUUCGACGCAGCCGUCGACAAUGCUGCACUUGAUGCAAUGCUGCACGAAUCGCUUCCAGACCUACCUGCCGAGGUGAAGAGGAGUCUACAUGCACAUAUCGACGAGAUUGGCAGAGUCCUGAAGCCUGGCGGCAAGUGGCUGUACAUCACAUGGCGACAGCCACACUCCAUUCGGCCUCUGCUGCAGCGGCCUGACUUUUGGACGCUCAACGCUGAAGUGCUCGCAGAAGACUCAGGCGUCCCCAAGUACUAUGGAUACGUCAUGACGAAGCUGGAGGAGGCGCAUGACGCUGAGGUGGUGGGCGUCGAGAAGCAGGAGGUUGUUCCUUAG